AUGUUCAAGCCUCGCGAAAGUGUGAUGAUGGCCGGGCGCACAUCAUCGCGAGAGGCUCAAUUGCAGCCGGUCCGGGAGAAGCCGGAUGAGUCCGGGCUCGGCACCAUGAAGACCGAGAACACGGAACACUCAGUUGGUGGUGUGGAGUCGAUGAGCCUUCUCGUCCCGGAUCAGAAAGGCUAUACCGCACUGCCCAACCGUGAGGUGAGGGCAAACUCUGCUGGAAGCGUCGCAAACAGCGACACUGAAGCGCCAAACAUGCGCUACCGGGACACUGUCCGGAUGGAUAAGUCCGCGGAAAUGGGCAUCUCUUUGGUGGAGUAUCGGCAGAAGAUGGCCAGCGCCAAGCUGGUUGGAGCUCUGGUCUACAUGGACAUGGGCAGGGUCAAUGUCGAGCCAAGCUCCGUGUACGGUGCGGCUAUUCUGAUGCCACAGGUAGCCCGGACGGCGGGAUGGCCACGGUCAAUGGCAAGACCUGUCCUCCAGAGCUACUUCUACCUUUACGUUUGCAUGCUCAUUCAUGGCGCUUU